AUGUCUGAUUAUGGAGGUGAGGGCAAAAUGAGACAUCAAGUAAUACUUGCUUGUGAGAUGAGUGGUAACUAUAAGUCUUGCAAGUCUAGUGAGACAACUGAUGUAAGGUUGGAAGCAAAUGGUGAUACGAAAAAGUGUGCUAGGGACACUGGUACCAAGAAAUGUGGAUGCCCAUUCUUGUUAGAAGGUGUCAAUAUUGGUGAUGGGGAUGAUCGGAAAUUGGAGGUGGUUUGCGGAGUACACAACCAUCCUAUUUCAGAGUAUCUUCAAGGUCAUUCAUUUGUGGGGCAACUUUCUGAAGAGGAGAAUGCUUUGUUGGUGGACAUGUCUAAGAGUUUGGUGAAACCGAGAGAUAUUUUGGUCACCUUGAAGUAUAGAGAUGCAAUGAAUGUUUCAACUAUGAAGACAAUAUACAAUGCUAGGAUCUGA